CGGCAGAACACCUUAUCUGCUCUCCAAAGCUGUGACUCUCCAUCCUUCCCCGAUGAAGACCCAGGGGAUUGCUUACUUAGCAUACACCAGAGGCAAUGGGUAGGGUGAGCAGGCACUGCAGCCAGAAACCCCCAGCGCCGAGCGCGGGCGAUUCCCCGCACAUGCAGAGACUUCGGAGCUGAAUUGUGCUGAGCAGAGAGCCCCGGCUGGGGCUGAGCGAGCCAUGUGUGCCCGGCAGGAGCAGCUCCGCUGAAAAGCAAUGCAAGCACCCCGGUGAGAGCAGCUUCUGCUUCCAGGUCUGGCUGGAGGCGAAGCCGAGCAGAGCCCGGACGCCGCUCAAGCGCCACCGACCGAGGAAACUUUUGAAAUAUGACUGCAGGGAGGAUUUCAUCUGCACAAUGCUGCUCUGCUGGGAUGUGACAGGCUUCCUGCCCAGGUCUGGAAGGAGCUCGAUGAUGUUAGGAGCAAACUCCAGCUGGGCUGAGGAGCGGCCCCAGCCAUGGAGGUGCCCACCCCAGAGCCCGUGUACGUCGACGUGGACAAGGGGCUGACGCUGGCCUGCUUCGUGUUCCUCUGCCUCUUCCUGAUUGUCAUGAUCAUCCGCUGUGCCAAAGUCAUCAUGGACCCCUACAGCGCCAUCCCCACGUCCACGUGGGAGGAGCAGCACCUCGAUGACUGACGGGGCUCCCAGGCAGAGCCAGGGGUGCCCUGCUCCUUGUGCCCCCCACAGCCAUCCCCAGAUGUGCAGGGCAAAGGCGAUGUCUCCAAGAGCACACCGUGUAAAGUUAUUUGUGCUCAGCAGGUCGAGGUAUCAGCAAGCCAUUCUGGCAGCGGAGUUUACUACUAUGCAGCAACUCUUAUUUUACAGUUGUCUCUUAUUUUACAUUUUAACUCAAGUAGCACAAGAUUCUCCAGAUUUUCCUGAUGUAACUCUUGGUCUAGCACAGUUUGUCCCAACCCCAAUAUCACCCACAAACCCAGGGUAAUGCCAUGAAAAAGCAACCCAUCAAUGCCAUGAAAAAGCAACAAGAGUAUUCUUCUUCUUCCAGUCUUUCCUGGAAACUGAUUGCUUCAAAUAUUGAUUGCUUCCUCAGUCACUAUGGGUGCAUUUUAGGAAAGGCCCAGGUUUCAUACACCAGAGCAUCACUGAAUAGAAGUGCUGGAGUACCUCUGGCUAAGUAGAAUUUUACAAGCAGGUUUUUUCUUGUCUCUGAUCCUGCACUUGCUCUCCCCACCCCACUGCAGCCAUAAUUCCAAUGACCAGGAUACUGAGGCACUCAGAUUUGGGGGUCCUGGGCUGCUGUAGACCCCACAGUACCACCUUGCUCUGUCCUAGUCAUGCAAAAACAGCCAUUUCCUCUGUCAUGGGCCCUUGGAUUAGUCAGGCCACUGAUUUUGGGCUUGGUAGGCACCAAAAAUCCCUGGAGCAGAGCCUGGACACUGCUGGUGUGAACUACAUAAAACCUGCUGUGGUUUUCAAAGAGUGAUUCCACAUGCAAUUUCACCCUUCUUUUGCUCCAGGUGUACUUCAGUGGGAUGAGACAGGACUAGAAUGACAAGGACAAUAAGCAGAGAGACUUUUCUCCCAGCUUUGUCAUUCAGACUCCUCAGCAUAACAUUUACAGGCACACACAAUAAUAAGCAUUCUACCUCGGAGAAAUUCAGCUUCUUCAAAGGAAGAUUUUUUUUUCCCCACAAAUUUGUAAGGUACAUUUCCUUCUCUCAACUCAUUAAGACAGCCAUUAUGCAAGAAAGUAGAACAUGGGAGCUCUGGAAAUUUAUUUUUUACCUUUGAAGAGUGAGACUGCAGCAUUCCAAAGUUCUCAAUUCCUCAAAUUCUAAGGUUUGAUCAUGCUUGCCUUUUCUUUUGUUACUAAGUGUUCAACUUAUGGGAUUGAAAGGAAGCAAUUCAGAGCAGGUCCUGCAAGCACCAUGAGCAAAAAAGCCUUGAAAGCACAAAACUCCAAGAAAGGCAUUUCUUCAUUUCCCCUCCUCACCAUCCCACCUGACCCCCAGGUUUGUGCCAUGGGACCCCUCACAGUGGGUGGGAAAGGUGGAAGCAAAGGCUGUGGCAAGAAAAUUGGGACACAGACUUUGUAAGGCACUGCUCUAGCUCUGACAGAUUUGUUUGAUAAUCACACAAAUCAACUUUUAUGUGCCUCAGUCUACUCAUCAGUGAAAUGGGUGUAACAAUUUCAUCUUGUCACACUUCAUUUUGUCCGUCUAACAAUACCAGAAAGCACCUGGAGAGCCUUAGAUAGAGACACAGAAAUGAGGUUCUUACUCACAGCUCCUCCUGCUAAAGCCAACAGGGAAGGUCUGGGUCUUGUUACCCAGGCAGAGCACUUGUCCAGACCCCCAUUUGCACUCUCAUUGCAGAAUUUUGGGCCAAGCCAAAUGGCACCUGGCUUUUUUACACAGCCCACUGGUUUCUGAGGAUGUAAGGUGCUCAACACUGCAAAUCCAGAGAUCCCAAAACAGCAGGCUAUCAGGCAUAUGGAGACCUCUGCAUGGAUCUUUUGAACCACACAAUUUCUGCUGAUCUCCGUUGUAGGAGAUCCCUUUCCUGAGGCAGGGAAUGCAAAGAUUAGCUUUCCUCCUGGUGUCCUCUACAAGAGACCUCCACUGCUUCCACCACCCACUGCAGAUUGCUCCUCAGGCUGCUGUUUAGCCUCAGCUUCUGCUAGCCAGGUAAUCAUCAGUAACUGAGCACUUUUUCGGGCUUGAAAGUUUAAUGUUCAUCGUACUUGGAGCAAACCCACAGUUCUCUCUCUUACUUAUAGGCAAGUCUAUCUGUGCCAUAGGAAUGGAUGUCUCAGCUCAAAGAACAACUUCUGUUCCCUGGGCUAAAGUUUGGAAACUGUUUUUGUCAUUAAAUCUUGUAUCCCUCUAGUGGGCCUAUUUACAAAAUAAGCAAAAUAACAAAAUUACGUCCAGGCUAGGGACACUUUCAGUGUGCAGGUCACCUGGCUGAGCUCACAGCUGGUGCAGAGCAAGGACAGAGCUUGUCCUCACAUCUCUCCGUGCCAAUAUUCCCCUUGGGGUUGAUCUGCAUGCAGGACUCUGGCACUGGCACAUGUCACUGACAAGCCCCAGUUCAGCUAAGGACUUAUUCAGGUGCUCAAGUUUAAUCCUCUGAGCAGGCUGCCCACCUACAGAGCCAGGGUCAGUGCUGUGGCAUGUUCCUGGCCAGGGACAGGAGCACACAGGCCUUGGAGGAGCAAAGCCUGCCUGAGAAUGGAGGGUUACAAAUGCUGAGGAAGCAAAUUGACAAAUUUGCUUUGCAGGGAUGGUUGCCACUUUUUUCUCUCUUUGUCCAGCUGAACAAACCAUUUAAUGGAUUCUCCUGAAAAUCCUAAUGAAAAGACCCCUCUGGGUAGCUUUGUUUUCUAAUAAAAAGGUACUUGUCCUCCUGGCAUAGCCUGUCCAGUCCAUCCUUCUGUUGACAGAAAAUGUCCUUAUAAAAAUCUGGAUAUUCACAUACAUGACUACAUAAAAGUCAACGAGAUUGCUUUUAUAGAGAAAAUGGAAACCUAUUGAUCUCUUCACUCUUGUGACCAGUGACAGGACUCGAGCCUGUCUGAGUUCAAGGAGCCUUUGGACAACCCUCUGAGGCACAUGGUGGCAUUCCUGGGAUGUCCUGUGCCAGGCCAGGAGUUGGACUCCAUGAUCCUGAUGGAUCCCAGCUCAGCACAUUGUAGGAUUCAUUCUAAUUUCUGCCUUUCUCCACUGGUUACAAUUACACAGCCUCACCCCUCUUUAACCAAAAGCAAUACUGAACAUCAUGCCUAAGCCAGACAUUUCCAGCUCCUUCCCCUGGAGCCAGGGCUCUCCCAGCCCAGGAGUGUCCCUGCAGCUCUGGCUGGAGCCAGGGAAGGGCUCUGCCAGCAGGAGCUGCACCACUGGGCUUGGCAGGAAUUCCAGCUGCAUGCAACAAGUGCCUCUGCUAGUUUUGGUUCUUUUUUAAUCAUCGUGCCAUACUACCAGCAACUGCACUCAGAGGAUGCAAGUCAAACUUGUUGCAAGUGUAUUUAUCUAACAUAAUAAACAGCUUCAACAUGGAAAACCUC